UCCCAGUUAGCGCUGAACGGACUGUCAGAAGAACAGGAAGACGCUUCUAUUGUAAAGACGUACUUGCUUCCCCUCUGUCAUCCAGAGGUUAAAAAGUUAUUAACUUCUAGCAGUCAUGGAAACGAAUUUGACCUAGGUCAUUGAUAACACCAAUUCGAUAUCCGCGUUGCGGUCGUCGAAACAACUUGUCGAAGCGGAAACAGUUUUUUUUUUUUUUUUUGUUUCUCCCUUUACCUAACGUUACUGUUACAAGCUAGCCUAGCUGAAGCUAAGGUUAGCGCAGAUAGUACCGCAUACUUUCCGGACCUAAAAAUCUUCAUUGCUAAAACUUCGACUUGUGUGACAUGUGGAAAGUAGCAGAGUGACCUCCUCAUUUUGGAUUUUAUUAACGCAACAGGUUGUUUUUGUACUUUUCAUCCCGAGGAGUUGGGAUUGUGCUUUGAAUUUCCCUCCUUUAUUGAUACCGAGAGGCGGCUUAACAAGGGGCUCGUUUGGUCCAUUUGGCUUUCUACCAAAUCAUUAGCCGCAUUGUGCUAAUUGUAGCUAGUUAGCCAGGGCACUAGCUUAGGCCCCUGGGAAUAAGGAGUUGGCCUUUUCGCCAGUUAAAAACAUUAACGUUUGAAAGUUGAAAACGGGGAGAUUACUUUGACACUCAAUUCAAGGAAAGGAUUAAAAGUCAUAAAUAUGGAUCAACAGACGGGGAAUUCUGCCUCAGCUACUGGUCCCAAGAAGGACAAGAAAUCAAAGAAGAACUACGAGGAUGGAGAUGGGAAAAAGAAAUUUACACUCAAACGGCUGUUUCCUGACGAGCUCGAGCGUUUCACCAGCAUGAGGAAAAAGGACAAGGAGAAGCCUGGACCCCCGCCAGGUCACCGACACUCUUCAGCUGCCAGCUAUGAGAUCAGUGCUCAGAGUGCCAUGCUGCAUGAUCUUUCUGACGACUCUGUCCUGGAACUCUUUGAACAGAUGCUGGUCGAUAUGAACCUAAAUGAGGAAAAGCAGCAACCUCUGAGAGAAAAAGACAUUAUGAUCAAACGAGAGAUGGUCUCCCAGUACCUCCACACAUCUAAAGCUGGUCAAAACCAGAAGGAGAGUUCCAAGUCAGCCAUGAUGUACAUCCAGGAAUUAAAGUCAGACUAUCGAGAUACACCGCUGCUGAACUGUCUCGAAUCUCUACGGGUGUCACUCAAUAACAACCCUGUUAGCUGGGUACAGAACUUUGGUGACGAAGGGCUGGCUCUGCUUCUGAAUCUGCUGAGAAAACUACAGGAUGAAGAGCAGUCACAGAUAGGAACGAAAUGUCAGCACGAGAUCAUUCGCUGUCUAAAAGCCUUUAUGAAUAACAAGCAUGGUCUGAAAUCCAUGUUGGAGUCAGCUGAGGGAAUUCCUCUGCUGGUCAGAUCCAUCAACCCAAAGGUGCCUCAUAUGAUGGUGGACGCUGUCAAGCUUCUUUCUGCCAUUUCCAUUUUGGAACAUCCUGAAAACCUUCAUGAGCGUGUUUUAGAGGCCAUUACAGAGGAGGUGGAGAAACAAGAUAUUGAAAGGUUUCAGCCUCUCCUUACUGGAAUGAACAAUUCCAGCAUUGCCCUUAAGGGUGGCUGCAUGCAGCUGAUCAAUGCCUUGAUCAGCCGUGGAGAAGAACUGGACUUCAGAAUCCAUAUUCGCUCUGAACUGCUAAGGCUGGGACUUAGAGACCGGCUGAAGGAGGUGCGGAACAUAGAAAAUGAAGAGCUGAGGGUGCAACUGAUGGUGUUUGAUGAGCAGGCUGAAGAUGAUUUUGAGGACCUCAAAGCCCGUCUGGAUGACAUCCGUAUUGAAAUGGAUGAUGUGAGGGAAACAUUUGAGGUCUUGGUCAACACUGUGAAGGACUCAAAGGCCGACAGCUACUUCCUGUCCAUAAUGCAGCAUCUGCUACUGAUCCGUAAUGAUUACUCGGCCAGGCCUCAAUACUACAAGUUGAUAGAUGAGUGUAUCGCGCAGAUCGUGCUUCGGAGGAAUGGAGCAGACCCUGACUUCAAGUGCCGUAACCUUAGCUUCAACAUUGAAGGCUUGAUAGACAAUAUGGUGGACAAGACCAAGGUGGAAACCAGCGAAGCAAAAGCGGCUGAACUGGGGAAGAAGCUGGAUGCAGAGUUGACGGCACGCCACGAGUUGCAGGUGGAGCUGAAGAAAUUGGAGAGCGACUAUGAACAGAAGCUGCAGGACUUGAGCCAAGAGAAGGAACAGCUUGCCACUUCUAAGCAGGAGCGAGAAAAGGAGAACCAGGGACUACAGGAACAACUAAGCAACUUGAAAACACAGAUUGAAAAGUUGUCUAAGGACUUGGAAGAGGCUAAAACUAAGGUUGUCACUGUUACCGUUCCUGUGCCAACACCUGGAAUUCCUCCACCUCCACCACCUCCACCUCUCCCAGGCCAUGUAAAUUUACCUGUUUCCCAAGCCCCACCCCCCCCUCCUUUACCCGGUCAUGCAAAUAUUAAUAUUGGCAUGCCACCCCCACCCCCACCCCCACCACCACCUCCACCCCUCCCUGGCAUGCCACCCCCACCUCCACCUCCACCGUUGCCUGGGAUGGGACCUCCACCACCUCCACCGUUGCCUGGGAUGGGACCUCCACCACCUCCACCGUUACCUGGGAUGGGACCUCCACCACCACCGCCACCACCUGGAGGUCCUGGUAUUCCUCCUCCACCCCCAGGCCCAGGCAUGCCUCCACCUCCACCAUUUGGCAUGGGGGGCUGGGGUGCCCCUGCACCACCUACACUGCCCUUUGGGCUCCAGCCUAAAAAGGAGUACAAGCCUGAGGUCCAGCUGAAGAGAGCCAACUGGAGUAAGAUCGGACCAGAGGACCUCUCAGAGAAUAGUUUCUGGAUCAAGGCGAAAGAAGACAAAUAUGAAAAUAAUGAACUCUUUGCCAAACUCACCUUAACCUUUUCUUCGCAGACAAAAACCACUAAAGCUAAAAAGGAGCAGGAUGGUGGAGAUGAAAAGCAGGUGCAGAAGAAGAAAGUGAAAGAGCUGAAGGUUCUUGACUCCAAGUCUUCACAGAACCUCUCUAUUUUCCUGGGAUCGUUCCGUAUACCUUAUGAAGAGAUCAAGAAUGCUAUCCUGCAGGUCAAUGAGAAAGUCCUCACAGAGUCCAUGGUUCAGAACCUGAUCAAGCAACUACCAGCACCAGAACAGCUGAGUAUCCUGGCAGACAUGAAAGAUGAAUACGAUGACUUGGCUGAGUCUGAGCAGUUUGGUGUUGUGGUGUCCAGUGUGAAGCGUCUCAUGCCACGGCUUCAGGCCAUCUCGUUCAAGCUUCAGUUUGAUGAACAGCUGAACAACAUCAAGCCAGAUGUGGUGUCUGUGACGGCAGCCUGUGAGGAGCUUAGGAAAAGUGAGACCUUUGCCAAGUUGCUGGAGAUCAUCCUCCUUGUUGGGAACUAUAUGAAUUCUGGCUCCCGCAAUGGACUGGCAUUCGGCUUCUCCAUAUCUUACCUGUGCAAGCUCCGUGACACCAAAUCAGCUGAUCUGAAACAGACCCUGCUCCAUUUCAUUGCUGACGUGUGCCAGGAGCAGUAUCCUGCUGUUAUGAACUUUCCAGAGGAGCUCAUUCAUGUUGAAAAGGCCAGCAGAGUUUCUGCAGAGACAAUUCAGAAGAACCUGGAAAUGAUGGGCCGUCAGAUCAAGACCCUGGAGAAAGAUCUGGAAACCUUCCCUCCUCCACAAAAUGACAAAGACCUGUUUGUGGAGAAGAUGUCGAGCUUUGUGAGCCAAGCCCAGGAACAGUAUGAGAAGCUGGAUCUGAUGCACAAGAAUAUGGAAAAGCAGUACAUUGAUCUGGGAGAAUAUUUUGUCUUUGACCCCAAAAAGAUGUCUAUAGAGGAAUUCUUUGGUGACCUCAACAACUUUAAAAACAUGUUCCAGCAAGCGGUGAAAGAGAAUCAGAAGAGGAAGGAGGCUGAAGAGAAGAUCAAGAGGGCCAAGCUGGCAAGAGAGAAAGCAGAAAAGGAGAAGGAGGAGAAACUCAAGAAGAGCCAGCUACCUGACAUCAACGCAGAGGAUGAUGAAACUGGUAUCAUGGAUGGCCUGUUGGAGGCGCUGCAGUCCGGUGCUGCUUUCAGGAGAAAGAGAGGACCCCGUCAAGCAGCCAACCACCGACGAGCUGGGCAUGCAGUGACCAGCAUUCUGGCCAAAGAGUUGAUGCAGGAAGAUAAGCCUUCAUCCGGUAAACCUUUCGCAAAAAAGUUAAAGUCAGAGGAUAAAGUGGAGCCAAAACUAGAAGGAGCAGAGUCUUUAGAGGAGCUACUGGAGGCUGCGGCUUCUCGAUCUAGUUAGAUUCCCAGGUAGAAAUUUUUUUUUUUUUUUUUUAACUCGCAGAGCUGGUUUAUCUAAACUCAGAUUUAUCCUUAUUAGGCAUUCUGUGGGCCAUUAAUAAUUUGAUAUUAGUUUAUUGAAUAGAAGCCUGCUCCCCCACAAAUGUCUUAAAGGACAGUCUUUUAGGAUAACAUUGAUUGUGUCUUUUGAGACCACAGGGAGAGGCAGAGCUUGAAGGCAGGGCUCUCACCUCAGUCUUAACCUUCACAUGGUCUUCUCCAACCUUUAGAACUUUGACACUGUCAUAAAGAUUGGCUUGCUUUUUUUCUAGCACGUGCACAUACAUGUUCAUAUAUUUUUCUUUCUGUCUUUUUUUUUUUUUUUUUAAUUUCAAUAUCACUCAGCUCACCUGUCAUUAAAAGGGCAUCUGUAACCAUUCCAAAGACAUACUCAGGAGGAAUUCACUUUUUCUUUUUUUUUUUUAAUUUGCAGAUUUAGACUGAGAAUGUGUAGAUUUUGGCAAAUCCUGCAGCAUCCUGUCAGGAUGUUCCAGCCAACAUCACUUUGCGCUGUUUCUUUUUUUUGUUGUUUUUUUUAAAGAGAUGAUUUUCAUUGUAAUUAUUUGCUAUUACUGUAUAAUACCAUUUGUAAUCAUUUUGCUGUAUUAUUGAAAGUGCCAACUAAUAGAAAUCCAAUCUUUCACUUCUGAGUUUAAUCCAGUCACAGUUUGCACUGGUCCAGUCUGACACUUUAUCAACAGCAGUUGUCACCUGGGUUUAUAUUUGAGUGUUCUUUACUGAGAAAGGGUGUCACUCACGGGUGUGCAUGACUUAAAAAGGGGGAUUGAUUGCAUAAACUUGUCUGUUACCAUAUGUGCCCAUAUCAGUUAAAUGUAGAAGUGUAGAAAUGCUUUCAUCUAUAAACAUGAUUAUUCACAUAAAGCCUAAAGGGAAGUUAGAUGAGAACAAAAAAUGUUCUUCUAGAGAGUCCAAGCAAAAAUAACUUUUUUUCCUCUUUCUUUUCCAAAGGAUGUUUCCAUACAAACUGAGCAUUAGCAGUUUACAUGACUGUGUUUUUCCAUAUGCAAAAAGAGUGUGAAGUAGCUAUGUUUAGUCAGUUUGUGUUUGUGCAUGUAGGAUUGUGUGUACUGUCAUCUGUAAUUACAGUAUGGUACUGACCAUGCUGUCAUAAAUGCUAGGUUUUAUAUACAGCUUUUUGGUCUUUCUGCUGAGGAUAAAGCACACUGGAAAACUGCCCGAAAACUGCUGAGACAAGUAUGUGUUUAGGUUUGUGUGUGUGUAUGUGUGUUUCCCUCCCACUGAAUUGCAGCAGUAGUUUCUGAAUGUCUGGCCCUGUGUCUAUUUGUAUUCAGUAGCCAUCAGCACGCAUGUUGCCAUGAUGUUGUGGUGUACUAUCUGACAGGAAUCCGGCGAGAUGAUGUCAGCUGCACCAUGCAAUAUUUAUUACUAUGCAAGCACAUUAUUGUAGCGUGCUCCCCAGAUUUGAUACCCAGCCAGUCUCAGGUUGUACAAACCGCUGGAAUGACACGAACGCUCUUUAAUAAACCUGCUGGUUCAAGGUCAGUGCUUCGUAUCAGUAAUGACUGAGGAAAAUCCUUGUAGCUCCAAAACUUCAGCAUUUCAAGACACCACCAGCAUUGAUUAUGGCGUCUUCCUUUAAGAAUGUGCUCUCUUUGGCAAAAGUGGCAAUUACACACCAUAAAGAGAAAUGAGGUGAAGCACUGGAGGUACAGCAGUGCUUGUGAUCAAGUGCUGGUGCUUCAUUUUAAUCAAGUAACACUGAGAAUAAUGAAUAGAUUGUUGCGCCUCAUCUCGAGCACAAAUAUGUCCUAACUGUAUUUAAAUGGUCGACACAGUUGCUGUUUUAUGUCCGCAAUAUUCUGCCCAUUACUUCAGGUGGAUACCUGUAGAUGACUGUAAUACAUCCUGAAAAGUGAAUGUUUUUGAAAUUAAGGAGGAUGGGAAAGGUAGAGGAUAAACUAUAUCACUGGAAUAUUUUUGCUAACCUUCUUUUCAUCAGUAAUUCUUUUUUUUUUUUUAAGAGAUCGUUUUCUAUAUGAAUUUUAAAUGGUUGAUUAUUUUAAUGUAUUUUUUUUUUCAGAGAUCGCUGUAUGGAUACAUAACGCACCCAAUUGUUCCGUUUGUUACGCUGAACUAUUAUUAAAAAUGUCUUAAGUAAUUUA